AUGGACGUGCUAGAAGUCAGCGGCAGAUGGGAAGGGGAGGUUAGCGACGGUCCGCUCGUUUCUCUCACCUACUACGAUGAGAAUGACAUCUGCAAGAAGCUCGAUCUCGGCUUGGACAUGACCAAGGUUCAGCAAGCUUUGAACAUCCCUAUCAGGUUCCUUGAAAGGAAGUUGGUGGUCUGCCCCCUGCCGAAGACGUUGGAGGAUGGAAGCUAUAGGGCUCGGACCUAG